AUGGCGGGUCAUAGAAUUGAAUCAGAUUUGGGCCAUAUCCCUUAUGCAGCUCCUCAUAUCAUUCAUCCUCCUCCCUCAACCUUCAUUAAUCAAGAAGGAUCUGCUUUUGAUUUUGGAGAGCUGGAGGAGGCUUUUGUGCUGCAAGCAGUUAAUGAUACAAAACAACCUUUAUACACAGAGAGACCUGCGGCAACUCUGGAAAUGUUCCCUUCUUGGCCUAUGAGAUUCCAUCACGCCCAAAGAGGAAGUUCAAAAUCAGGAGAAGAGAGUACUGAUUCAGGAUCAGCGGUGCAUGCACUUUCAAGUAGAGGUGAGGGCAGCAGAUUGGAGCCAGAGUCUCCCGUUGGUAGAAAGGCUUCUUCUUCUUCAGAUCAUCAUCAGGUGAUUGAUCAGAUGCAUCAUCUACAGCUACCUCAACAGGUAGAUAUUGCAAGUGCAAGUAAUAGCCCAAGAACAGGAAUUUCUCAGCCUCAACCACUUGGCAAACCAACCUCAGAAAAGAGAAGGGGUGCUGGUUCAAAUUCAGAGAGAAUGCUCGAUGCUAAGACAUUGAGACGUUUGGCUCAAAAUAGGGAAGCAGCAAAGAAGAGCAGGCUUAGAAAAAAGGCCUAUGUACAGCAGCUAGAAUCAAGUAGGAUAAGGCUCAGCCAGCUGGAGCAGGACCUUCAAAGGGCACGUUCACAAGGAUUUUUCAUGGGAGGAGGCGGUGGUGGUGGUGGGAACAUGAGUUCUGGUGCUGCAAUAUUUGAUAUGGAAUAUGCAAGAUGGUUAGAUGAAGAUCACAAACAUCUGACAGAAAUUCGAACAGCUUUGCAAGCACACUUAUCAGACGGCGAUCUUAGGGUAAUACUAGAUGGAUAUAUAGCACAUUAUGAUGAAAUUUUUCGUCUAAAAGGAGUGGCUGCUAAAUCUGAUGUCUUUCAUCUGAUAACCGGAAUGUGGACUACUCCGGCUGAACGUUGUUUUCUGUGGAUGGGCGGUUUUCGUCCAUCUGAACUCGUCAAGAUGUUAACAUCACAAUUAGACCCCUUAACAGAGCAGCAAGUUAUGGGGAUUUACAACCUCCAACGGUCCACAGAACAAGCAGAAGGGGCUCUCUCCCAGGGAUUGGAACAGCUACAACAAUCUUUAACCGAUACCUUAGCCAGCGGUUCUAUUAACGAUAGCAUGCAUCACAUGGUCGUUGCACUUGGCAAGCUUACUAAUCUUGAAGGCUUUGUCCGUCAGGCUGACAAUUUGAGACAACAAACACUUCAUCAACUACACCGUGUAUUGACAAUUCGACAAGCAGCACGAUGUUUCCUGGUAAUCGGGGAGUAUUAUGGUCGAUUACGAGCGCUUAGUUCCCUAUGGGCAUCUCGUCCAAGAGAGACCUUUUUCGGGGAUGAUAUUUCUUGCCAAACCGCUAUGGAUUUGCAAAUGGUACAACAAUCUUCUCAAAACCAUUUUUCCAACUUCUGA